AUGGACGACACCGAGAGCUCGUCGGAAGACCAAAGAGAGCCAUAUGAGCUCAUCCUGAAGAGCCACGAUGACAACGUCUACGAUUUGGACUUCGAUACCACCCAUACCAAGGUCAUUGGGCUACCAGAGAAGCCGUUGCCCCCGACAAACAGCUUUGUCAACAAUGAGCACCGCACCAUCGCACACGUGUACGGCGCGGUCGAGGAAAGGAAUAUGCGGGAAGAAGCGGCAGACGAGCUGUGCAAGAGAGAAAUGACGGCGGUCGCGGCGCCUGACCCUUCCAAUCGCUGGUGUCCAACUCGCGAGCGCUUGGAGCAUUGUGGACAUCUCUUGGACGACGUAAUCACUGGUCACGUUCUCAUUAUAGACCAGGAGGACACACGCGACUUACUGCCCGAAAUUGGUCAGGAAGUGUGGAUUUACCUUGAUGUUCCUCGCACGCAACGUGUGCCCCCGAGUCUGCCCCGGGACCAGAUACGGGGUGUGGCAUCUACGCUUCGCCAGAAGCUGAAAUUUGCUCAGUGCUGCGCCCAAAAAGCCCUGUAG